ACUCAAAGCGUACUUGUCUCACGGCAGACCGACCAUCGUUAUCGCUGAGACUAAUGCCUCGCACUCCGAGCCAUCCGAGCCUCCCGACCGAGCCCGCGCCAGAGUCUGCAAACUCAACCCCAACCCCUCCGUCAAACCUUAGAAGAAUCCUUCGAGAAAGACGCUUAGCUCAUAGUCGCAAGGCAUGUUUCCCAUGCCGGGAGAGAAAAGUACGCUGUGAUCACCAACAGCCUUGCCAGACAUGCCGCAAGCGAGGCCAUGCUGACCUUUGUUUUUACCCUGAACCCGAGACUGGUCUUCGCUCCCCCAAGCGCCGGAGUCACCGACACGGCGAGGAUGGACCAGUCCUUGGACAUGUCGGUUCCGUGGAGACAUCCCAGGCGACUGUCAACGCUGGCACCCCAUCAUUGCUGGGCGGCAACUCCAUCAUCGCUGUAGCUCGACGGGAGAGCAUACAGCCUCAGUCAGAUUCCCAAAGUCGGGAGGCAUUUGAGACGGGCAUCUUUCCCCUACUGGGUAUGGACACUAGUUCUCAACAGAGGGAGUUUACCCAAGUUUCUCCUCCAGGCCCAUCACUUCCUGAAGACCAGGAAAUAAUUCAGCUCUUUAACACGUACCGUCAUCGAGUGCAUCCGUCUCAACUUGUGCUGGACGACAUUGACGAGGUGGAAAGAAUGAUUUGCUCGCUGAUAAAUCGGGACUCUGCACAAAGACAGAGCGACAGCCAUCUCCUUUGUCUACUCCAUGCCAUCCUUGCUGCAGGAGCGCAAUUCUCAGACCUCGCACCAUCAACCAGACUUAAAAAGUCCCAAAAACACUUGAAACAUGCAUUGAGCCAUCUUGGUGCGUUUGACUACCUCUGGAAUCCUUCAAAGAGGCUGCUCCAGGCUCUCAUAAUCCUUGGCCAUGUACUGCAGAACGACAUGAACCCACGGGGUGCUUGGGUACUUGGUGGGACUACCAUCAGACUCGCACUUUCUUUGGGCCUUCAUCAACAUGCCUCAGCUUAUGAUGGCUUCGGGGUCUCUUCUUCUGAGGCGCAGCACCUUCGCUUGGCUAUAGUUUGGCAAGAUGCCCUCCUCUCUUUAGCCUUUGAUCGACCUCCAGCAUCGCACGAGAUGGAUUUGACAUCGGAUCUUCUCCCUCUGGGGCAAGAGGUGGCUCUGAAUUACCGGCAGGCAAUGAACUGGCUCUGUCAUCUAACACUCACGCACACUCGAAGCCGGGACCAAUCUUGUCCAUUAUCAAGUGUGGGCAAGCUCCUCGACAAUUUCGACUCCCUGAAGGACUCGUUAUCCCCGCAUCUAAAAGAUCGACAGCAUUGCUCCUCCAUACAAGAUAUUCAAGAGCACUAUAGCCUAGAACUGCACCGGAAUUUUACUCUAUCCACCCUAUGCCGCCCGGUCCUUUCCCGGCAGGUCAGGCAAAGCCUAGGUACAGAUGAUUCCGCAAUGUGGUUAAGCAGGUUCCAAAGUGCACUUAAGAAGAGUGUGCUCGCAUUCAUUCGUCUACGGUCUCUAAGUAACCUUGCCACCCGGUCAUGGGCUUUUGUGCACAACGGGCUCUCUUCUGCGUUAUUGUUAGCCUUUACGAGGCACCUUGACGAUUCCGAGGACUUUGGGGAGAUACAGGCUCAGCUAGUCAAGAGCUUGUCCGAGGGGGGCGAAGACGCCGGUCGCUUUUCCGCGGCACAUAGGAAGGCUCUAAAAGCUCUCAAAGUGUUGCAAGAAGCCAGGACGGGAGAAAUUGCCUCUACAGGACAAGUGGGAGAAGUACCAUCUCCAAAUUACGCAGGGGAGGAUGUAAUAUUCCAAGAGGGCAUGUUUGACCUUCAAGAUUCCAGCUUGCUAGGGAUGGACGAUUGGCUUCGUACCUUUGACUUUGACGCAUUCUCUCCUCUGGACGCGUACAACUUCAUAAUGUCUGACCAGGCUCCAGCAGGGCCCAGCAUAGGUACUUUAGCAGAAACAUGA